UACAGGCACCGCACCUCACACACAGACUCAGACUCAGCAACGCACCUGUCUGCCUGCCUGCCUGCCUGCCUGCCCGCCCGCCUGCCCAUCGUCAGGACAAGCCUCCGUGUCGGCCGUCCCAUCCCUACACACAGGUCCCACCCAGCCAUGAAGACGCCUCUGUGGAUGCUGGUGUUCCUCGGUCUGUUUGUGCCCGGACACGGCGACUGUCAAGGGGACUGCCUCUCCUGCCUUGAACUCCUGCCCAAAGACCAAGCCUUCAACACACUGGUGUGUCUCGUAGAGUGCCAUGGCAAUGUCUCUCCAGGCCUCAACUGGGAGAUGUGCCGCAAAGUUGUGGAAAAGCCGCAGCAGGUACCCUCCCAGACCCUAGGGGGCGCCAUGCUGAGACGCUCCCAGGAGGACGUGGCCGCCGGUCUGCUGCCCCUUGAGCAGGAGGAUGGCGGACUGCCCUACUCCGGAGCCUUGCAGAGGUUUGACCACGUGGCCCGGGCACUGGGUCUGGACCAGCAGGGCGGCGCCAGGAGCCGGACGACCCAGCUGGCGUCCGAGACUGUGGAAGGGAACCAGGAGGACGAGGAGGCGGAGGAGGUGGAGGGCGAGGAAGACAGGGACCAGGACGACGGGGUCGGCAUCAACCUGGCCAAACGCUUCGGCGGCUUCCUGAAGGGCAAGUAUGGCUACAAGAAGCUGGUGAACCCCGGGAGGUCCUACCAGAAGCGUUACGGCGGCUUCAUAGGCGUCCGUAAAUCUGCCCGAAAGUGGAACAACCAGAAACGUUUCUCUGAGUUUCUAAAGCAGUACCUGGGCAUGAGCACCCGGUCUAGCGAGUAUAAGAGUGUCUCAGCCGACCUCACCCAACAAAAUGAGGUCUAAGGCCUUUGUUGAUACCUGUCCAGUCACUGUACAAACAAACAAAUCCUUUUGUCCACUCCACACUGCAGUUCUCCAGUUCACACGGUGACCUUCACACCUACACAACAGAAAGGUCAUCCAUUCAAACAUCUCCUCUCGCUUCUCACACAUAGUCAACCCAUCUCAACAUUUUUACAUGAGAACAAAACACAGCCUAUUCCUUGGUCUAAAAGUAGGUCAAAGUUAAAUUUGGCUAUUAUUGGUAAAAAGAAAUCUUGACUAUCCCGGGAGACAAGAAGCAUCUCAGUCGGAACCCAUUUCAUUACUAAAUACUUAUUUUACAAGAGGACACUCAGAGAAAUCCGAGAAAAAAAAACUCUGCAAAGAUAGGUCAGAUUAGUUUGAUUAAAGGAACGAGGGAAAGUUUCUCUCUGUAAAAGUUAGGCUUAUUGCCCAGAGGGAUAUUCGAUAACGAUCUGCUCACACUGUCAACUACUAUCCAAUAGACCCUGUCCAACACUGCCAUCUUGUGGCUGAAUUGAGAAAGACAUCCCAUGUCUGAAUGACAACCUUGCAAUGCAUAUCUAAUGAAAGUCCUGUUGCUGGACUAACGUGACUUUCAAAAUCCUAUGGACAUUGUAAUAUCUGGUUGAACUACAUAAAUAUUUUAAUUAACUACACAAGUCAUGAAAAAUCUGAGAAUAUGUAGAGUUCAGGCACACAGGAAACAUGGUCAUCUAUGUGCGAUGUCCGACAAUGAUUUGUUUCUCCUGAUGAGAUCUCUAUGGUUUAAUCCAAGGCUUCUAUCACUACAUAGAAAUCUAAUCAGCUGUGUUUGUGUAUAUGAAACGACCUGUACGUAUGUAAAGUGUUUAUUUUGAUAAUUUCUUUCUCUGUUGUGUGAAAUCAUUUGAUUGUUCAGAAUAACAACUUGUAAAUAGAAACAAAGUUGAACAUACCAAUAAAAUAGUUUACUAUUUCC